UUCAAAAGAAAAAAAGGAAUUAUGAAAGAUAGGAAGAGAAAUACACUAAAUUAAGCAAAAAGGAAGAGAGAGCACACCACUCUCAUGUAGGUAGGGGCUAAGCAAGCAAAACCAAGGCCAAUACAGUAACCAAAAGUGAAACUUUCCUUUCUCCCUUCAGAUACCAUUUGCAGCGGAGGAAGGAAACGGCGGCGGCGCUUUGCUUCUGGAGAUGACUGCGGUCGGAGAGAAAGGGGAUGAAGGAGGGGAAGGCGGUGGUGCGACGGUGUUGGUGGGGAUCAAAUUUGACGCUGACAGCAAGCAAAUGUUGACAUGGGCGCUCGUCAAGGUGGCUCAGCCCGGUGAUCAGGUCAUUGCUCUGCACAUCCUUGAUUCUGCCACUGAGAGCCCGGCGUCGAUUCUGUCUCUUGUUAAGCAAUUUGAUUACACGCUGGCUGUUUACGAAGGCUUCUGCAACUUGAAACAGGUUGAUUUGAAGCUGAAAGUGUGUAGAGGGUCAUCGCUGAAGAAGAGUCUGGUAAGGGAAGCCAAGUCUUUCGAAGCAGCUAAGCUAAUUCUGGGAACUACCAAAACCCAUAACCCGAUACAGUCGUCUACCUCUGUUGCGAAAUUUUGCGCAAAAAAGUUACCCAAAUGUUUCUCGGUUUACGCUGUUCAGAAUGGCAAAAUUGUGUUCCGAAGGGAAGCAAUUGAGACAAAUUCGAACAGAACCCAAGACAAUGAGUCACCAGAUAAGAGCCUUGUCCGGUUAGUGUCCUUUCCGAAGAGUUCAAGAACAACUAAUGGUAGUUUCCCCCGUAAAUCUGGCUUGUUUGCAAGGCAUAAAACGUUAAAGAAGAAUUGUGAAGUUUGUGCUUCGGCCUUGCAAUUGCCAGAAAUUUCUAAUUUCCAAUCCCUGGAAGAGUUAUCCGGAAAUGGCAGUGUAAGUAAUAAGCUAGAUUUGAUACCGUUUCGAACCAGUGAGGGUAAUGAUGUUCUGGUUAGAAAGUUGCCAGGUUGGUCUCUUCUCCGCCGGGCGCUUUUACCUAAGCGGCAUCACUUGGAGAAUUCUUCCGCAAAGAAAUCUGUCGACCAAUGGGUGUUAAGAUUACCAAGCCAGCAUUCCUCAGCUGUUGUUUAUCCUGAUCUAAGGCAAAACCGUUCUGAUCGAGAAAAGAAUCAUUCUUUUGAUUUGGACGGAGUAACUGGUGCAAUUGUGCCGGUUGGCUGUGAGGCUAUUUGUCCCCCGUCUCCUUGCAAUUUUCCAAAAGAGCUGCAAAGUUUACUUGAGAAAUCCUCUUCUUUGUGUAGAUUAUUUAGUUACCAAGAGCUUUUGGAGGCCACCUCUUGCUUCAUGCCAGAGAAUAUGGUAGGUAAAGGUGGCAGCAGUCAUGUUUUCAGAGGGUGCCUUCCUGAUGGCAAGGAACUAGCAGUGAAAAUUGUUAAGCCAACUGAGAAUGCAAUCAAGGAGUUUGUUCAGGAAAUCCAGAUCAUUACGAGUUUAAACCAUAAAAAUCUCAUUUCCUUAUUUGGUUUCUGCUUCGAGGAAAACAAGUUGCUCUUGGUAUACGAUUUCCUCUCGAGGGGAAGUCUAGAAGAGAACCUUCACGGCAAUAAGAAGGGUAUCAAUGCAUUUGGCUGGCAGGAGAGGCAUAAGGUGGCAGUUGGCUUAGCGGAAGCACUUGAUUACCUACAUAAUGGUUGUGAACAACCUGUGAUCCACAGGGAUGUGAAAUCUUCCAACAUUCUUUUGUCCGAUGAUUUUGAUCCCCAGCUGUCAGAUUUUGGACUUGCUAGUCGGGUCUCAAGUUCUGCAUCUCAUACUACCAGCAUGGAUGUUGCGGGAACCUUUGGUUACUUGGCUCCUGAAUACCUCAUGCAUGGAAAAAUGAGUGAUAAAAUUGAUGUCUACGCAUUUGGCAUCGUCCUCCUAGAGCUCCUCUCUGGUAAAAAGCCCAUUGAUGAUAACUGUCCAAAAGGUCAAGAGAGCCUUGUUAUGUGGGCAAAGCCAAUUUUAAAGGACAGCGAUUUUUCUGAGUUGCUAGAUCCAGAGCUCGGUAGUAGCUACGAAUGUCAUCAGAUAGAAAGAAUGAUUUUAGCUGCUACCCUGUGCGUUAGACGUGCACCACUUAAGAGGCCUCAAGUUAGCCUUAUCCUGAAGCUCCUACUGGGUGACCAAGAAGUGACGAAUUGGGCACAGCAAGAAGUGAAGGAAUCAGAAGAAGUCGAUAUUGCCGAUGAUGAAUUAUAUCCUACUAACAUGGAAUGCCAUCUUAACCUUGCCUUACUAGACUUGGAAGACGAUUCACAUUCCACGAGCAGCAACGAUCAGAGUUUCCAAAUAGAGGUUUACUUGCAAAAGAGAUGGAGCCGAUCACCGAGCUUUGCCUAGCCAUCUCAAUCCAAGCAUGCGCCGUUUAUGCGAUCUUUUUCCCUUGUAGUUUAACCUCAUGGGUGUCUUAGGGUCAAUCAUGUGCACCAUUUGUCUAUGCCCUUCCCCUUUCUUGUUCAGCUAUUAGAUCAGGUCUUGGAAGAGAGAUUGUUUAAAAGAGCUUCCCUACCAUGAGUUGUGUAUUCUUUUGCCCAUGAUUCCCAAUUUUAUGCAUGGGCUAGUUUUCAGGAAAAAAAUAGUGAGGAACAAAUGUAUACUCGAAACAUGCACAUGAUUGUAAAUAAAUCAUUCCUUCAAGAUUGUAAUGUU